AUGCAACCCGAGUCUACUGCAGUAUCUCAACAUACUUUUAUCUCGGACUCGCCUCGCGCAGAAACCCUCGAUCCUACCCAGCAUGGACAUGACUUCUGUGGCGAUGACCCGGUCUCUGACUCUCCCCGUCGUGGAGAGGAUGGAGACCGUCCAGAAGUCGUCCCUGCCCCGAGGGACAGGGCAGAUUCGCCCCUGAACGGAUUGGAGGACAGUAUAGCUUCUUCUUCGUCACAGCAAGCGAAAACCAAUGACUUCAAUGUGCUCGAUUUGUCGCAUCUGUCGUCGGUAUCCUUCGGGGAUAUCCCCAAUGAGGUCUUGACGCACAUCCUGUCCCACCUCCCCCCUCCAUCGCUAUCGUCGAUCGCAUUGGUCUCUCAUCGCUUCCACAGUCUAGUCACCACGCCACACGCUUGGAGAAUCGCCUUUUCCCGCUACUUCCCUGGGCCCAGCAACGAUGAGAUUGGCAGUCGGGUCGCGGCCUCACAGCGGUCGGAACAAUUUGUGUCGGAUAAACGGUACUUCACUCGGUUGACUGCGCUAGCGUCCUGGCGAAGCGAAUAUAUCUUGCGAACGCGAUUGUUGCGCUCUCUCGCGAGGGGCAAACCGACCCAAUUCGAGCCAUCCAAGAAGAAUGGCGCCGUGCGAUCGGCCAAUGUGCGCAAUGGCAGUGCUGUUGUCACAUAUACUUCGCAACUGCUGUUUCCUGUCAGUCACAUAGCUGGCUCCUUCGGGACGGAAACUACCAAGGAACGGCCGGUGUUCAUUCACGGCGCUGCGGAGCAGGGAAUUGCAUCGGCCAGUGAUCCUGCGUCUGUCAAGGUUGGAACAUGGGGUUUGUCCGACCAUCAACUGUUUCGACACUUUGCAGAUCUCUACACUGGUGUUGCUGAAUAUGGUCUUGGCUCUGGUGACAUUGUUGGUCUGCCUAAUCGUAUGGAUGUCAGUCAACCAUACGGUAUGAUUUACGGCGAAGGUUGCCCGCAGGGUCGCAGUUAUUUCAUCUCGUCAACUGAACUACGCGGUCGUUUCUUGGGGCUUACGGUUUCAAAUCCGGAGCCAUACUUGGGUGUCCCAGCGCAAAAUUUGAUUACCUCGUCUGUUACUGCAGUUUGGAUCGCCAAGUCUUCCGAAGUCCUGAGAAUGACAAAUGGUCUGGUGGGAAUGCUGUCUGGCUCGUCCGCCGGUAUCCUGACGGCUUAUUCUUUGGGCCCUAACCCGCUGUACGAGCCUCGCCUCGAACGAGGUCAGCCAACCGCCAAAUGGGUCCUUUGUCCGGGUGUCCCCAUCAUUGCGAUCGCCGUCGAUGACAAGUUUUCGCCGCAACGCCAUGCUCACCGUCGAAUUUGGGUUGUGGCUCUUAAUGCUCUGGGCGAGGUGUUUUACCUUACCGAUCUACUGCGUCAGCCAGAUAUUCCGCCCAAGGCUACCCCAGAGGAGCUCGACCGAUUGGCUUGGAAAACAGGCAGGUCCGUCCGCUGGGAACUUGCAGAACUGAGUAGACGUGUUGCCAGGCCGGACCCAUACAACCAGGAUCUCGUCGACGGUAGCUACAGUCCUCGGUCCUCGUCUGAUUCGAUGAAGCUGAAUGAGUAUCAAAUCGCUGCGGAGACUAAGGAAAUUGAAAAGUUCUUGGCAUUCAAGCCGAAGCACUUCCGCAAGGUUUGCGAAGGCUGGGACAUGAGACGUGAAUUGAAAGUUGACUUUGCCGGCGACGAUGGGAACGGAGCAGGCGAGUCAGUCAUGGUCAUCGCAUGUGGUUUGGGUGAAGGUGAAAAGGCCUCGAUUCGCCGUUUUACGAGGAAGGGUCUGGCCAACACUGCGUCUUCCAUUCCCGAGGCUCAUACGAGCGCUGUCAAUACUCCAAUGUCGACUUCUAUUUUCGGUGGCCCUAUCAAGGAGCCUCUUCUUGAGCCUCAGAGUAUCCCGCCGUCCAGGUCAAGCCGUGUGAAUGAGCCGGUCUGCACCGCCAAAAAUACCGAAUGGUAUAUCUCGGACUUCAAUUUUGGCGAUCGCAGAUCCGUUCAAAUCACUGCCAGCGCUUUGGAUGCAUCGACCUAUGCCUUGUUGACCAAAGAGGAGGAUCCGCUCUUGGCAAUGUCGGGAAGCUCGGUUUCCUCGGCCAUGUCUUCCCCGUUGCCGCGUAUGGCACACCCGUCAACAGGGACGGAGGUUCCCGGUCAACGAGCUCGGUAUGUUGCCGUCGGUACGGCAACGGGGCUGGUGUUUCUGUGGGAUAUACGAUCCCCGACCGCGCGAAACUCGGAGGUCAUUAACAACGUCUCGCCUCUCCGGAUCAUCCAGACCGAUUCACCGCAGAUCUCGUGUGUUGCCUUGACGUCGCUCUACUUGGUACACGGAGGAAAUGAUGGCCUUGUACAAGCUUGGGAUCCUCUCGCGUCAUCUACAGGCCCUAUUCGGACCAUUAAUUCUCGCUUCUCUUCUCGUGCCCGUCGUCGGCUCGUUCAGGCCGAGGCUUCCAUGCACGGAGUUGGCAACAACUUCUUUGCUACGGGUGCAAUCUGUCUGGACCCAGACUCUACGGUUCUGAGAGGAAUGGUCGCCUUGGGAACGCAUCUACGUUAUUGGUCGUACAGUUCGUCUUCGGCGGAUCAGUACAAGACAAGCAAGCGUCGAUGGCGCCGUGGGCAGCGGGGUGACAAUGCCUCAGGCGAGGGUGGUCAACGCUUUAGCAACAGCGGCCGUGGAGCGCUGUGGGACUACAUUGAGGACGAAAAGGUGGAGAUGGAGCGGCAGAAGGUGGCUGACCAGAAGGAACGGAAGCAUCUCAAUAACCGCUUUGGUCUUGAACUGCUAGGUCCGGAUGCUAGCGAAGAGGAAAUCAUCGCAUACGCGCAGCUCCUGAGUCAGGAAUCUCUGACCAAUGAAGCCGCGAAACGAGGUGAGAUUCUCGAGACUCCGAACAUCAGUACUUCGCCUAGUACCCCUGGACUCAACGACGUGUCCAUUGAGCCCUCUUCGUCUUCGUCUCCAUUCCAAACAAGCAUUGAAGACGUGGAUGACCCAGAAAUCGCCGAGGCCAUUCGCUUGAGCUUGCUCGAAGAACAAGCAUCCUCAUUUGGGACCGAUCCAUUUACCACACGAGCCUCGCAAUCCAGCCAAAGCGAGUAUUCACCUGAACCGGCAGCGGCGGAAAGCAGUAACCAGCAAGAGAUUGACGAUCUCGAGUUUGCGCUACAGCUGAGUCUUGUGGAGAACAAUUCUCCUGAGACGGCGGAAGAGUGGGAGGAGUUCCCUGCACUUAGCACGCAGUCUCCUAGCAAGGACAAGGGGAAGGGAAGGGCUUGGUAG